AUGGCGAAGAGCGGCGUGUUUGAAGGGGAUCCAGCGGCGGCGAGGGCGGCGGAGCUGAAGAAGGAGUUGCAGAAGCUGGUGAGGGCGAUUGUGGACGAGGAAGACGUCAAUUUGGAGGCGGUCGAUAGGGCCCACCAGAUGCUUACGGCGAUGAGGGAAUUGAAAUUGAAGAGAGCUUCAUCCGUGAAGCUGAGAGGCCGUCAAUGUGAUCGGGAGAUGGAUUACUCGGCGGCGCCGGAGGAGUUCGUAUGCCCACUUUCGAAGGAGCUCAUGAGGGAUCCCGUGAUUAUUGCCACCGGACAGACUUUCGACCGGCCCUUCAUUCAAAAAUGGCUAAAAGCCGGGAACAGAACAUGCCCAAAAACCGAGCAAGUCCUCUCACACACCAUCCUCACACCAAACCACCUCAUUCGCGACAUGAUUGCACAGUAUUGCAAAAGCAACGGCAUCAAUUUACCCGACCCGAUCCAAUACGCCAACGAGGACAGCCUGACACAAGCUGAACGUGACCUUUUCCAAUCCCUACUCGACAAAAUGUCCACAUCAUCCGAACAGAAAGAAGCUGCCAAACAACUACGCCUCCUGACGAAAUCGAACCCAGCUUUCCGGGCCCUUUUCGGCGAAUAUCACAAUUCCAUACCCAAGCUAGUAUCCCCUCUUUCUCAGAAAAACGGGGUCCACCUGGACCACCUCCAAGAAGACAUAAUCACGACCCUUCUAAAUAUCUCGAUUCACGAUGACAACAAGAAGCUCGUGGCCGAAACUCCCAUGGUGAUCGAUUUCUUGAUAGACGCGCUGAAAAAGACGUGCUCGAUCGAGACGCGCUCGAAUGCAGCAGCUGCCCUUUUCACUCUAUCGGCUCUCGACUCAAAUAAGGCCCUCGUCGGUAAAUCAGGCGCCUUAAAACCCUUGAUCGAGCUCUUGGACGAGGGUCACCCUUUGGCCAUGAAGGAUGUGGCCUCGGCUAUUUUCAACUUGUGCAUAAUUCAUGAGAAUAAGGUGAGGGCAGUUAGGGACAGGGCAGUGCCAGUGAUUCUUGAUAAGAUCUCAGGUGGGACCCAUGUGGAUGAGCUGCUGUCCAUACUCGCAAUGCUCUCGACCAAUCAGAAGGCAGUGGAGGAAUUGGGAGAGCUCGGUGGGGUCUCUUGCUUGCUCGGGAUUAUCAGGGAAACAUCGUGCGCUAGGAACCAGGAGAACUGUGUGGCGAUUUUGUACACGAUUUGUUUCAGUGAUCGGUCGAAGCUGAAGGAGGUUAGGGAGGAAGAGAAUCUGAACCAGACGAUUUCACGGCUUGCGAGGAAUGGGACAUCGAGGGCUAAGAGGAAGGCCACCGGGAUUCUCGAGAGGCUGAACAGGUCCCUUAAUCUCACGCACACAGCUUGA